CUCUUGCCGAGAUCCAGACAGGAAUUUUCUGGAACAUUCUGAGAUUUGGAAUUGCCUGGAACCAUCUCGAACGACUGGGUUCGUGCUAUAAAUUCGGCUCGCAGCGAGGACCUAUCACAUUCGAACGAGAAGUCCGAGUUGGUGAGAGCAUUCGACGAAGGCCAAGCCCACCAAAUCUCGAGUGCAUAUCAUUGCAUCUCUUCUGCAAGCUCAUCCAAAACCAAUCACAAUGGCCAUGUUCCGAUGGGGAAUGUCCCCUCGACGCGACUGGUGGGGGGAAGUGGACCCGGUCACUCGCCUCUUCGACCAAAACUUCGGCUUGGGCUUGGGGGACGACGACCUCCUUGCCCCGGCCACGUUUCACCCCUUUUACAUCCGGCUCCGGCGACCGAAUCACGAGAGGCUCAAGUCGGGCGUGAGCGAGGUGGUCAACGAUAACGAGAAAUUUCAGCUGAAACUAGACGUACAGCAAUUCGCCCCCGAAGAGAUCCACGUGAAAACCGUGGAGAACUCCGUCGUGAUCGAAGGCAAACACGAGGAGAAGCAAGACGAUCACGGCUUCGUCUCCCGCCACUUCCUGCGCCGCUACCUCCUCCCCCCCCACGUACGACCGGAGGACAUCCAGUCCUCCCUCUCCUCCGAUGGCGUCCUCAUCGUCACCGCUCCCAAAAUGGCGAUCGAGAAUGCUCCGAACGAGCGCGUGGUGCCCAUCGCCCAGACCAAUCAGCCGGCGAUGAUCAAGGAGAACCAGAAGAAAGAAUAAGAAUCUCUCCCAUAUUUUGAUCUCGGGCAUUCCUGUUACAAGUGAAAACUUAUGGUUCGAGAGUGAAACACGGCCCUACCCUUCGUUACCCUACCCAUUACCUACCUCUCCAGUGCGAUUUGUGUUUUUCUGUACCCUAGAAAAUUGUGAAUGUCUUGUUUUUUCUUCCCAAUCUCAAUAUAAGGCGUG